GUAAAGACGAGAUUUUCUAAGCUAGUUCAGCGCUGCCUCUUGAUGUGAUUGAUAUCUACGGUUUAAUAAUUAUACACACCUCAGGUCAAAUCGAAAGUUUCUGCGAAGGAAUCGUCCAUUACGAGAGCUCCUGCCACAAAAACCAGCUAAGUUAUCCGUGGAGCCGUGGUGGAUCGUAUGCCCUGGCAGUAUACUUGAGGCUGACAUUAAGAUCCUGACGGAAGAUGAGCGACGAGUUGUUGAUUGUUUGAUAGAUGAGGGGCCACAGGCCGCGGGUUUGCUACCAGUCCCAGUGGUGAACACGCUGCUGGAACGCGGUCUUGUCUACCUUGAUGUACCUGUAGUAGAAUCUGACUAUGUUUACGUCGCCCCACUGGAUGGUUUCGUAAUGAAUCGUGUCCUUGGCGACUAUUUUGAGACAUUGCUUUACAAGAUAUUCGUGGCGAUCGACGACCAGACUACGGUGAAAGAGAUGGCCGAAAUGCUUCAUAUAGACUUCUAUCUUGUGGCGAACGCCAUUUCAGUGUUUUGUCGGCUUGGUUUUGCUAAAAAGAGAGUGACAGGAAUGGAGACUGCUCGGCUCCAUUACAGUUGGGCGCAGAUUGUUUCCAUACCAAACUCGCCAACUCAAUUUAGAAGUCCCACUUUCAGAGAAGAUUUGGUGACGUCCGUCUCUGGUGACUUAGGGGAGCUGUCGGCUUCUCUCGCAUCCCCAAUAGGAGAUGAUGACGAUGAUGAACAGACAGCUCAAGUGAACAAUUACAGCGCUAAAGAAACGACGCCUUCACAACCUUCAUCUGACGUACCAUCAUCUGCUUCGCGAACUGCUUUCCUCUUUGACUCUUCGUUGGCUGCGUUUUUGAUGAUGGGUAACUUGUCCAGCUCUCUUAAGUCAGUUGAAAGCAUUCGGCAUCUUUCACUGAUAACUCAUUUCAAGGGCCAUGCUGUCACAUUGUUUGAAGUUGGUAAACUGGCUGACGAACAAAUGCGCGAUUUUUUGGAAAAUUUGGAAUGCGUAAGCUCUUCCUUUGAGGUUAAUCAUUUUGCUGAAGGAGAAGCGCAACGUUACUCUGAGCACGCUAUAGCCCUCUUGGAUAUUCUUCGGAGUUUACGGAAAGGAAGGGAGGUGGAUAUGCUCAGAGGAGAGAGUUUGCUAAGCUUGGAUCCGCAGAGUAGAAUUCGAGUGUUGGCCAAAUCUUAUGGGUAUGCUCUGCUUGAAAUUUUCGCCUUUCCUGGCUAUUUCCCUUAUAGAAUCGUUGUUUCUAUGGCGCCCUUAUCCUUUGAUGCAUGUACUGUACCCUCUUCGUCCCUGCCGUUUAUCGGGCCUCCAAUACCUGAGGCCUGCUCGUCUUGGAUGCGACUAGCGAUUUAUCUUGCUGCUGGCAGUGGUCCAGCGUCCGUGUACAUUCCUAAAGGCACCAGACUAACACGACUUCCGCCUGCAGUCGCGCAGGCACCUCGAUUACUAGUGACAUCCACAACUCAUGAACCGCAGCAUAUGCUUACACACAACUCGCUUGUUCCUUUAAAUGAUAUUUUAUUGACAACUCCGCUCUUUGUACAAGAGUAUCCUCACUACUCAGAGGACGAUGAACUUGUUUACGUGCCUUUCCCAUUUGACGAGGAGGAUUCAAAUAAA